CACCUUCUCAUAACUGUUUCCGAGAUGCGGGGAGUUUGCGAGCAGAAGCAACAAGGAAGUUGGGCGUCAGGAGGGGUUUAAAAGGCGCCUCACUCACUCUGCCGAGAUGCUUAGCGUUCUGGAAAACCGUUAGAAACGUUCGGAGCGUUCGUAACUUUUCUCGCCCUCCCUCCGCCGCCUCCGUUUUCCCUCCCCAUCCGUUUUCCCUCCCCAGCCAGUCACUGCUGCACUAGGACCCGCAGAGGACCCGCAGAGGACCCGCCUGCCAACCAGAAUAUACUGUACUUAUAGUAAAGUACGUACGGAGUGGAAGGACAGUCUCCUUCCUCUUAGAACAUCCUCUCUCGCCAGUUCCCAACCUCGGACUCCCGACACAAUGACCACGGACACCACCAACACCACCACAACCACUACGGCUACCACCGACACCACUUCCCACCGCCACCCCUUCGCCCACUAUAUCACCCUCCUCCUCUCCCCCACAGCCGCCACAACCUUCACUGCGCCCCUCGCUCGCUCCGCUUCACUCGAAAUAAUGGCCGGGCGAGCAACAAACGCUCAAAUUGGCGCUUUUCUUGUGCUCUUGAAGCAGACGGGGUUGGAGACGGAUCCUGCGAUUGUCGCAGCAGUGGCGAGUGCGAUGAGGGAGGCUGCUUUGGGGGUUGAGAAAGGGUGCGUGAACGGGGAUACUGGAGAUAUCGGGGAGUGGGUGGAUAUUGUGGGCACGGGUGGGGAUGGGAUGGACACUUUCAAUGUUUCGACUGCGGCUGGCAUUGUUGCUGCGGGGGCGGGUUGUUCUGUUGCCAAGCACGGCAACCGCGCAUCAUCAUCGAAAUGCGGGUCGGCCGACGUGUUGGAAGCCCUCGACUGUCACCUAACAAGCGUGACCCCCGCCUCGGUCCCCACAUUAGUCAACAAACCCAACGGUGGCUUCUGUUUCCUGUUUUCGCAAAAAUUCCACCCGGCCAUGAAAUACGUCGCGGCUGCCAGGAAAGAGUUGGGUGUGCGCACGAUCUUCAACCUUCUCGGUCCCCUCUCAUCCCCCGCCCGCCCGACCCGCGUAGUAGUCGGCGUCCACACCCCCUCCCUCGGCCCCAUGAUGGCCGAAUCCCUCCGUCUCUCCGGCGUCACCCGCGCCUGGGUCGUCUGCGGCGCGAUGGGUCUCGACGAGAUCUCCCCGGAAGGCGCCACGCACGUGUGGUCGCUCACGGAAUCGGGCGCGGUGGAGGAGGGCAUUGUCACGCCGGCGGAUUUUGGGUUGGAGGGUGGACCGUUGAGGGAUGUGGUUGGGGGUGGGAAGCGGGAGAAUGCGAGGUUGAUGAGGGAGGUGCUGAGGGAUCCUACUGCUAUCUCAUCCUCUGAGACCCCCACGACGUCAGAACAUACGAGAAAGGCGAUAACGGACUUCAUCCUCCUAAACGUGGCCGCAUUGCUCUACGUCGCGGGCAAAGCGCCCUCCCUGGUUGCGGCCGUGGAGCUGGCGAGGGAGAGUAUCAACAGUGGAAAAGCGUGGGAGGCGCUUGUGGCGUUUAGGGAUGAGACGCGGAGGUUGAGGGAAGUGGAGGGCAGGGAGGGCGGGGAUGUGGGGUUUGUUUAGGGGUUGACAGGGUUGAAAAAGUUGAAAGGCGCCUGUCUGACAGGGUUGAAAGGCGCCUCACUCACUCUGCCGAGAUGCUUAGCGUUCUAGAAAACCGUUAGAAACGUUUGGAGCGAGGCCCGCAUAUCCCCUAAUCUGCAGAUGGCAGAUGGCACGCAUAACCCUAAUCUGCACAACAGAAGUUACCCUCCAUUGUCCGUUAACUUCGUUGGUGAGUUGGGCGCGUGCGACUAAAUAGCGGGACGCAACCGACCAGCCGCCAUAGCGCCAAGGCACUACAUUCCAUCUUGCACUUCGCUCACAAACAUCUGGAAACAGCGGCUCCCGUUCGCUCCAAACGUCGUCCUCACCUCUCACACCACAAAGGGCUUAGUCGACUGUACAGAGUCCUAGCCCUCAUCGCGCCGCGCGCACAUUGCCA